GGCUUUCUUCUGGCUGGUAUCACUGCUGCUCUCCUCCCUCAUCUGGUUUAUCGCGGUUAAAGCCAGUGACCCCCGGGAUGAGCCCUUGCAGAAGGGGCUUUUGAUAUUUGGGGUGAUGUUCUCUGUGCUGCUGCAGGAGGCCUUCCGCUUCCUCUACUACAAGCUCCUCAGGAAAGCCAUCGAGGGGCUGGUGGCCCUCAGCGAGGAUGGCUGCUCCCCCAUUUCCAUCCAGCAAAUGGCAUAUGUGGCUGGUGUGGGCUUUGGGCUCAUGAGCGGCGCCUUCUCCAUGAUCAAUCUCCUGGCAGACGCAUUAGGGCCUGGCACUGUAGGCAUCCACGGGGAUUCACAGCUCUACUUCCUGACCUCAGCUUUUAUGACCAUGGUGCUGAUUUUCCUUCAUACCUUCUGGGGGAUCCUCUUCUUCCACGGUUGUGAGCAUCGGCGCUGGUGGGAGAUCACGGCGGUUGUUGUAAUGCACCUCGCUGUUUCAGGGUCGACGUUUUGCAACCCCUUGUAUGUGGGCAGCCUGGUGCCCUCCUACCUGCUGAUGGCUGCUGCUGCUGCCUGGGCUUACCUGCUCUCAGGGGGAUCUGCCCAGAACGUGCGGCGCUUCCUGCUCUGUCUACAGAGCAGAGCCAGCCCCCAGCCAGGAUCCUGA